AUGGGUCAAGAACAACAGAUCAACGCGACCAACGGCACCAAUGGUGUUGCGGCUUUCACUCCAGACAAGCCCAAUUCAGCACUGUUCACGAAUGAGAAGCGUGAGAUAUUCAUGGGCACAUCACCCGAGCUCAAUCCUGGACCGGACGAAUGCAUAGUACGCAUGCGAUGCAAUGGAAUCUGCGGCUCCGACGUCCACUUCUGGCACACAGGCCGAAUUGGCCCUCUCAUCGUCGAGAGCGACCACUGUCUCGGCCACGAAGGUGCAGGUACAGUCGUCUGGGCAGGCGCAGAAGUCAAGCACCUCAAAGCUGGCGACAACGUAGCAGUGGAACCUGGUGUACCUUGCAACCACUGCUUCCAAUGCUCCAGCGGCAACUACAACCUUUGCGCGGAGGUCGAGUUCUCUGGAGUUCCACCUCACCCAGGAUCGAUUCGAAGAUGGCAUGUCCACCCUUCUAAGUUCCUUCACAAGCUUCCUGAAGGCUUCUCUUUCUCGGACGGAGCCUUACUGGAACCACUCAGUGUAAUCCUCCACGGCUUCGAGAGAAGUCCCAUCAAGCUCGGCGAAUCAACAGUAGUCUGCGGCGCAGGACCUAUCGGCAUGUGUGCUCUCGCAGUCGCGAAAGCUUCCGGCGCCGCUCCUAUCCUUAUGACGGAUCUCGACGCUGGCCGUCUAAAGUUCGCGAAAAGCUUUGUACCAAACUGCAUCACAUACCAAAUCAAUACAGCAAUCUCCGCCGAAGAGACAGCAAAAGACAUCCUCAAGACUCUAGAAGCCGCAGGCGGCGACCAGCCCCGCGUCGUGUACGAAUGCACCGGGGUGCAGAGCUCGGUCGUAACAUCUUGCUACCUCCCUCGCGCAGCGGGUGAAGUCAUGGUGAUUGGUGUAGGAAGACCAAUCAUGAACGACAUUCCGUUCAUGCAUAUUUCGUUGGCAGAGGUUGACCUCAAGUUCAUCAACAGAUAUCACCAUUCGUGGCCCGCGGCGAUUAGGCUGCUACAACAUAAGGUUAUUGAUUUGCAGCCGCUCGUGACGCAUCGGUUCAAGUUGGAAGAGGCGGAUAAAGCGCUUGAGGCAAGUGCGGAUCGGAAUUCGGGGAGUAUCAAAAUCCAUAUUGAGGACCUGGACGACUGA